AUGAAGAUCAAAAGUGUCGACGCAGUGGCGCCGUUUAGAGCAUGUUUCAGUUCCUCCACCAUUUCCGCCACUGCCACCGGCCCUUCUGUCCCAAUAAUUGAACUAGUUUUGCGAGGAAAUGAUGUUUCUUGGAAGAUAUAUGGUGCCAAUUCAAUGUUUGCAGUGAAUAAGAAUGUGAUUUGCCUUGCAUUUGUGGAUGGAGGAUCAAGUCCAAGAACUUCAACCAUCGUCGGCGCAUACCAAUUGGAGGAUAAUCUGCUCGAGUUUGAUCUUGUCUCAUCGCAACUUCGCUUUGGCUCUUCUCUUUUGGUCCAGAACAAGACAUGUUCCCGCCUUUAA